UUGAGAGAAGGGUGGCUUUAAGGUUAUUGCUUAAAUGAAUAGUAAACAACCUUGUUACUAAAAAGGUAAAGUGUAAAUAAGUCUUGUACGUUGUUUUAUUCUGCAAAUUUAAAAGCGUUGCAAAAAAAAAUGGAUAAGUAAUCCUGGUUGCAUAAUUAAUCAUUCUUGUUAAACGUUCAGCAGAUGCGGAACUGGUGCGGUCGCAGCAUAAAAGUGCAAAUAGUUUAAUGCUUAAAAGUAGCAGGCUGUGGAAGCCAAUAAGGAGUUGGAAAUGCGGCGCUUAAGUUCAUAGAACUUGAACUUGCUCGCCGUACCUGUCGGUAAUAAUGAUAGUAAUCAGUGGAGGAAUUCCUGCACGGAGCAGGUCUUAGCUCGGUCCAUUCGGAUCGGCCAGUAGUUCACCGAGAUUAUCUUGCGACCGAUCGAAGGAUCACCGCACCGAAGACCGAAAAAAAUAAUAAGGAUGUAAAUGGGAUCGAAUAUUAUUAUUUAAAAUGGUGCUGGGAGGAACGUUCGUGCUGCUGCUGAGUUUGGUAUGCGUACAAGGAUUAGUUGAUGUCAGCCUGCAGAAGAAUGCUAAAUCGGAUGGGACAAGGAUAUGCGCUAAGCAUAUUGGAGUGAUCGAUGCCGAGGAAGGAUCUCACGAUACAGUCGAUACCAUUGGCGAAACAACAUGCGAGGAAAGCAGCCAUUGCUACGCAUUUUGGCAAGAGGAUCCUGUCAACAGGACAAUUGUUAUCUUCGGACAAGGUUGCUGGGUGUCGGGGAAUGCUCAAGAUUGCGAGAGGCAAGAUUGCCUCUCUGAUAAGAAACCCUCUGGGACAUGGAACAAUACGAAGUUUUGCUGUUGCACCGGUGAUAUGUGCAAUUUAAAUUUCACAGACAUAUAUGUGCCUGUCGAGGAGACCUCAUCACCGGCUACAACGGAGGCUUUGCCCAAGUCUACUAUAAAUCCGUUUAUUAUAAUUGGUUGUAUUGUGGCAAUCAUAAUGUGCGCAAUGCUUUUGAUUCUGUUCAAUAUUAAACCUAAGAAGACUGAUAUCGAGAUGGGUCAACCGCCGUUACCACCUCCUCCUGAUUACAGUCUGAAUAAACUGAAGUUAAUCAAUAUUAUAGGUCAAGGACGGUAUGGUUCGGUUUGGAAAGGCAUUGUUGAUGAUCAAGACGUGGCUGUGAAAGUGUUUCCGCCACAUCACCGUAAUUACUUCUUGAACGAACACGAUUUAUAUAAAGAAGCUGGCGAAAAUGUUGCGUUGUUGAAAUGCUUGGGUGGCGGGGAGCGGUGCAUCAAUCCGGGUGGUCCCGCCAACUGCCUUUUAAUACUCAGUUUGGAACAGGAAUGCUUGCAAGAGUAUUUGAAGAAUCAUACUUUGGAUUUGGUGACUUUAAGUAAAAUGAGCUUAGGGGUGGCCAGAGGACUGGCACAUUUGCACAGCGAUCUUGGUAAACCGUGCAUUGCCCACAGGGAUAUAAACACCAGAAAUAUUUUGGUGAAAUCUGAUUUGUCUUGCUGCAUUUGCGACCUUGGUCUAGCUGUUAUACCGAGGCGCACCGAAAAUCGGUCUUUAAGCGAGGCUGGUACUUUGCGUUAUAUGGCCCCAGAAGUGCUUGAAGGUGCUGUAAAUCUUAGAGAUUGCGAAAGUGCACUUAAGCAAAUCGACGUUUACUCGUUGGGAUUAGUCCUGUGGGAAUUGGGAGCAAGAUGUACAGAUAUGCAGGUUACAGAACCGCAACCAUAUGCACCUCCUUUCCAUAAGGAGGCAGGCACCAAUCCUUCGUUGGAACAAAUGCAAAACCUCGUCAGUCGACAUAAGGCUAGACCACUUUGGCCGUCUACAUGGAAAGAUACGGCCGCUGCCAGGUUGCUUUGCGAGACUGCAGAGGAUUGUUGGGAUCAGGACGCCGAAGCACGAUUGACUUCCUUGUGCGUCGAAGAGAGGCUCUUGGAAUUACCGACGCUGAAAGGAAGAGCGUUACACCCGAUGCAUCCACCAUCCAGUCCAACCCCUUUGAUAAACAACAAUCAUCUUCAUGAUCAUAAUAUAGAUGCGUCAGUUGGAACCAUUGUAACGCUUCUAUCGCCGUCUGAGGAGAACUGCAAGAAUUCAAAUCAGUUGCAACCAUGUAUAAUUCCACUACAGCCUUACCAGGGAAGGAACCCCUGUAAGGAGCGAAAUCUUCUAACGAAUUCCAGUGACAGUCUGUUAAUAGACAAAUCUUCGAAACACUGCACCAGUUCAGAGUCGCAGAACCUUGUAACGAGUGAUUACCUCAACUUCCAUGUAGCCCAGAGGGCUUUGCCUAUACCCUAUGUACAAAACGCCGUGCACUCGGUGUCCGGACCCAAGCAGCUUAACAAUCCUCAAACCAAUAGUAAGCGAGGUAAAUUUCCAUGGACUAUGUUAAGGAAGAUGUUUAAUGGGAAGAAGAGCACUUCUAAUAUACGAAAGGAUACCCAAGUACGAAUUGUACCAGGCAAAAUGAUUAACGGCCAAGGUGUGGCGACGUCACUUUUAAAUGAAAAGCGACCUUCGACGUUACCUCUCAUCAAGACCAACGACACGACUAAUACCAAAUCCGGCGUAAGCCAGCUAAUGGGUCGUGGUGACAGCCUAAACAGACAACGAUCUUUAGAACAAUUCUCUGAAGUAUUCUCAUCAACUAGUGAUUUAUCGCGACUGAAAGAUCCUUCACUAAGGAUUAAAACCCCCGGAGAUGUACCUCCAUCGGUAAGAAGGACAAGAGGUAAAGCUGCGAAGGACUCUGCUGCUAGAUUCUCGCUCUAUGAUGAUAGAAUGAUGAGCCAAUGGGGCAGUGCCCCAGAUCUAGAGCCUAGCGUAGUUCCUCUUAAACCACAACAAAUAAACGAUUUACAAGAUAGGGACAGCGUGAGUAGCUUUUAAGUUAAUAACUUAUAUUCAGUUUAUUUUCAUUUUCAAAGUUGAAAACAAAUAUAAGUGACCUAACUAAAAAAUAAAUGUAAUACACAUUUAAUUUAAAAAAAAAGAAAAGUUGUUUCACGUGAAUU